AUGCAGUGAAGACUAGCACGGAGGGGCAGACCGCAGCAAAAUGUACAUUGAAGCGGAGAGGUGAUGGGGUUGUGUAGCAUAAACAUGUAGAGAAGUCUCGAGAGUUACAGACCGGCGUUAUAAACAUUAACUGUGAUCGCAGGCAACAUACAAAUAGUGCGACCCGUGUGACGUCAUUCAGCUGCAAACGUCUGCAUAAAGUAUGAAGCUAGGCGUGUUCCCGCAGCUGAACCAGCUGAACAGGGCUGAGCUGAAACGGGACGGUCUCGCACUGUUCAGUAAACUGAUCCGUACUAAGAAUGUGGAAAGCAUGCAGGGGGAGGUGCCCCACGGAACGUCAGAGUCCCAGGACCCCAAGAAAAUGAAACUCAAGAAAUGCCUGACGACCCUGGACCUGACGUCCCUGGGGGUGGGCUCCUGUGUUGGCACGGGCAUGUACCUUGUGGCCGGCAUGGUGGCGCGCAACUAUGCCGGCCCUGGAGUUGUCUUCUCCUUCAUCAUUGCCGCUGUAGCUUCCAUAUUCUCCGGGGCUUGCUACGCAGAGUUCGGAGUUCGAGUCCCGCACACGACGGGCUCCGCGUACAUGUACAGCUACGUCACUGUGGGGGAGUUUAUCGCCUUUGUGAUUGGCUGGAACAUGGUGCUGGAAUACCUUAUUGGCACGUCGGCCUGCGCCUGCGCCCUCAGCGCCUGCUUCGAUGCCUUGGCCAACGGUGCAAUCAGCGGAGCCAUGAAAGCGUUCUUCGGCAGAUCACCUGACUUCCUGGCCUUCAUCAUCACCAUCCUGAUGAUGCUGCUCAUGGCAGCGGGCGUCAAGAAGUCCCUAGUGUUUAACAACGUGCUCAACGCACUCAACCUGUCCGUCUGGGUGUUUGUAAUGACCGCCGGCCUCUUCUACGUGGACACGGGCAACUGGAGCGACCACAAGGGUUUCCUGCCGUACGGCUGGCCCGGGGUACUGACUGGGGCCGCGACCUGCUUCUAUGCCUUCAUUGGAUUCGACAUUAUCGCCACGACGGGGGAGGAGGCAAACAACCCUAAGCGAUCCAUUCCCCUGGCGAUAGUGACCAGCCUGGUCAUCAUACUUAUCGCCUAUGUCACUUCCUCCAUGAUGCUCACUCUCAUCGUGCCAUAUGAUGAGGUGGACGCCAACUCGGCGCUGGUGGAGAUGUUCGGGCAAGUGGGGGCCAUGAAGUGCAAGUACAUCGUGGCGGUGGGCGCCCUGGCCGGCCUCACCGUCUCCAUGUUCGGCUCCAUGUUCCCCAUGCCGCGCAUCGUGUAUGCCAUGGCGCAGGACGGGCUCAUCUUCAGGACCCUGUCGCAGGUGUGGCCAGCUACUGGAACUCCAGUGCUCGCUACCUUCAUAUCCGGCCUGGCCGCGGCGCUAGCAGCCCUACUUAUUCGGCUGGAAGUGCUGGUCGAGAUGAUGUCCAUCGGCACGCUGCUCGCCUACACUCUGGUCUCGACCUGCGUGCUAAUCCUGAGGUACCAGCCUCACUCUACCAAUCUCAUCGAGCUGCUGCCUCAGAGCCUCAGAACCCCGAUACGAGGCUCCCCCACCAAAGAGAACCUCAGCAAUGGACAGGUACUUUACGGAAAGCAACUGCACCCCGACCAACUGAGGGCAGCCCUGGGCAACACGGCGCCCGCACCCACAGUUCCUGCGCACCAGCCGUCGGCACCAGCCGGGGUCGCUAUGGGCCCCAACCAACAGAGGGUUAUGGUGCGGCGUGUGACACGCAGGACGGACGGUGCGGGGAACUUGCGGGGAUUCGAAGACUCACCGGACAGUGACGACACAUUCCCAGGAGAGGAGCCGGAAGAGGACUUCUUCCUGCGGGAUGACCAGUUCCUGGUGUCGGAUCGCAGCGAAAACAAGUUCUAUGGCACACUACACGGGGGCAGCACAGGAGGCAGCGGCGUGGCGGCGGCAGUGGGGCCCAGCCUGGGGUACAUCGGCAGAAGACUACAGGCCGCCACGUACCUCUGUCCGGCCAUCUUCCCGUGGGUGGACACAGGCCCAGCGACCGAGGAGUCCGGCAUGUUCGUCAUGAAGAUGGUGGGACUCCUCUACCUCCUGAUCCUCAUAUUCGACCUGAUCGUGGUGUGCAGCAUGGGCUCCAUGUCGGGAGCCACCACCUUCUUCCUCGUGCUCUUCCUGCUGGCCAUCAUCGCCGUGCUGCUUGUCAUCUCCAGGAAACCGCAGAACAGGAAGACUUUGCUGUUCAUGACUCCGGGACUGCCCUUCGUGCCGGCCAUCGCUGUCAUGGUCAACAUCUACCUCAUCUUCAAACUGUCCAUCCUCACUCUCGUCCGCUUCACCGUCUGGAUGGCUAUAGGCCUCGGCGUGUACUUCUACUACGGCAUCAAGCACAGCACCCUGGAGGAGGAGAACAUCGAGCUGACCGUGUCGACAGAACAGCCCACUGAAGCAGCGCCGGUCCCCGUCGUGACGUCAUCACCAGAACCCAGAAGUGAUCUGUUCAUUCCCGCCCAGAGUUUCCCCACGUGGGACGACUGAAGCAGCUACAGAGAUCCUGCGACUCCUUGGGGCGAGAACAUGGAGCUAAAAUCGGAAAUUCGAAAAGGGCGAUUCUCCCUGAGCACAGGUCUUCAUCAUGUUCAUGAGCUGACGGCACUCGUGCCAGCGUGGCUUGUCUCCGUACGAACCUGUAAGGACCUUGGCCUCGUUUCUUCUCUGUGAUUUGUCUUCUCACUGAGCCUCUUUUCGCUUGCAGCUCUCACAAAUCAUUAACAUCUUCCAACCGUCAAACAUUGUCUGGUCACCCCUGUUUGGUCCAGGGUAAUCACAAGCCCCAGCCACUCCAUAGCAGCUACCACAUCAGGGACAUCGUGUAAUUUUCUCUGUUCGGUUCUACUGCAUUACGACCGCAGAGACGAAACCACUGUUUUCAUCAGAAUGUGUAGCACACACAAACCUUUAAAGCAAAGUGGUAACUAUAUGUACCAGUGAAUCUAACACCAUAGAAAUGAACGUUUUGUUCACAGAGUGUUUUAUGUCUUCUUGCAUGGCUACUGUAUAGCAAACGUUGCUAACGGGUCGUUCUUUGUUAUGCAGAUUCGGCGCCCUUUCUGUGUGCUAUGAACUGAGUUUCUGAGUAUCGCCUUCAGGCCUCAGAAGCGUAAGUGCUGCACAUUCUGUGUCAAGCAAAAGCAUGUUCGCUCUUCAUCGUCAGUUGCUCAGAGCUCGUAGAGGCUGGGGUUCUAGCUGUGUCGGUCGGCUGCAUAAGUCAGCAGAGCGCUGUCUCGCUACUUUACAAUACAACAAUGAUUUCUCUUAAUAAAUAUCAAUAUACACCACAGCAAAUACUACAUUUUGAGAGGCAAAGCGAAAAAAAAAUGUCAGGUUCAGAAAACAAAAGAGUCGCUGUAUCGACGGGGCCGUGGAUGGACCCCACUCCCCCCCCCCUUUUUAGCUUCACCAUGUCGGGCCCAAAGGAACGUUGGUGAUUCAUCUGACUCUAAAAUGUUCAACGCGAUACAAAACGGGGAAGGCCCUCGGCGGUAGCAAACUCCAUCAGUCUGGGGCACCGUCACGGUCUCCCCACCAUUCAAAUGCAACCGUUUACAAAAUAAUAAUAAUAAUACUGUUCUUCUUCUUCUUAGUAUUAUCAAUAGUAAAUAAUAAUAAAUCUGAAUAUACGAGCACUGAGCAAAGCAGUAAGCACUUCUCAGCCAAUCGCGAGGCUGGGUUCACAUCUCAAGCCUGGGAUUAAGCAAAUAUUGCAGAUUACUGGGUGACAGUAAUAUUAACGAACUGCAGACUCAAUGCGCGAGAGCCACCCUUGAAUAUCCAGCAGUCAUUGAACUUCUCAAGAAAUCCCAAUAUUUAGAAUUCUGCACACUAACAAGAAUAAGCACUGUUGAACCUCCUCAAAGUAAAAAUUCGUGCAUGAAUUUGUUAAGAAUAAAGAUAAAAUUAAAAUUCAGCACCGAACUGCACUCCGGGUUUGACAAAUCAUCCGCCAGUUUGGUUCAGACGUCAGCCCGGGGCGCUAUGCAAUUUUGUAUCCAUUGCAAAACAUUAUUAACAAAGACAGUCAAAUGAAUCACUACAAAUCUAAGCAGAAACGAAGGAUCUUUUUAUAACAACUAAUUCCUAUCACAACAGAGCAAAUGUUACGAGACAGAGUGUACCGCACUGCUGAAAAUAAACGAACAGCGCUUUCCCCCCCCCCAAAUCAAAUUAAUUUGUGCGGCAAACGAAACGACCUUCGUAUUGUCGGCAUUCACAGGGACACCAGCUGUACACGUGACCCAUGUAAUGAUGCUCUGUUGCGUGCUGAAUGUACUAUACCGAAAAUAUUCUUAAAAUGUGUUCCAGAAAGUUCUUAUCAUCUGUGUUCGUGUACCAUAUAAUGUUGUUAUCAAUAAUCAUAAUGCAAUAAGAGAAACAUGAAGUCCCUUCGUAUGUAUUCCUAUGUUGACUGCACUUUAAGAUAUCUGCACCGUGUAUGCGCAUGUGAUGACACAGACUGUACACGCAUUACUGUCGCGUCUGGCCUCCUGGGCGGCUCGCUGAAACUGACCGCCCGCCCACUGGACACUUGCUUUCAACACGCCCAAAAAUUUCGUGAAGCAACAGUUUUCUUUUGAACUCGAAACAGAUACACAGACUGCUGUCAAUACAAUUUCAGAAGAUACUAAAAGACGAAUUUUAAAGUUAACGUUAACAGCAGCCGUCACUCAACAAUUCUAAUGUUCAGAGGCAACCGGUCGCGAGCCGUACAGGGGCCGCGCUUCAUGCCCUCUCUACGUCAGUGCCUGUAAGUACGAGAUUACAAGAGACCACAGAAAUCUACAAUUAAUAUGUAAAAAAAUAACUUAGCCCCAAACCCCUCCAGCAAGGAGAAUAAUUUCAAAUAUAUGUGUACAGUACAAUGUACGGGACAGAGAGCAAAAGGCCUAUUACAAUGUAUCACCGUGCAUCUGAAUUGAAUGGGAGUUUGUAUGGAAAUCUUGCAUAUCUUUUUCUUUUCAUUUCCUGUUUGUUGUUUCAAAACGAGGAGAGGUGAUGUGCCCUUGUGUCCCUGGCUUGCGGCUGCCUUCAGGCCUACAGUGGAGCGGGCAUCGCGCGCCUGCGGGUCACCAACUCAGGCGGAAGAAUGUAGCACUGUUGUCACAGCCUCCUUCCCACUGCACACGCAGAAGUUUGCGCUGUGGUAGCGAGCAAGUGUCUGGCCAACACGUCAGUGUCGCUGAAUGCCACUUCGAGGCUGACACACAGACCUAACAACUUGUAACAGGGAUUUUUAAAUCGCCGCUGCACUGUGGAGUUAAAAAUGAAAGAAAUGCCUCGUGAGUCUAACUGGCCCUUUUGGGCUCGUGGUGUCUUCAGGCGCUUGUACACUUUCAAAACGAAUAACUCGCCAUUUUACAUUAACUCAUGAGGCGCAGUUGCGAAAUAUUUUCGCUUGAGUGUCAAAGUGACAUUGAUUACAA